UCAAACCAAACAGCAUGAGUGAAACUCACAUGGUAACUUUAGCUAGCAGGAGAAACGGGGAACUGUUCUAUUUGAAACAUAUUCCUGACCUAUUAUCAUACUGGGGGACCUAAUGAAAAUGUCUGCAUCUAAAGUCAAGAUGCGGGAGAAGAAGAUGAGGGAUCAGCCCGUCAGUGUGCAGUAUUCUUCCCAGAAUGAGGCAGGAGGCAGCAACGAAAACGGAGGUGAAACCCGCAGCACUGGUGGAGGUCCAUCCACAAAUAGGCCGAAGCGCUCUCACCAUCAGCCUGGGUGGGUUCGUGGACACCAGAAAGAUGGAGGAGACUACUCCAAAGAAAUGCCCAAGUAUAUCACUGCUGGAGGGUUUGCCAGGGCCCGGGCAGCGGAGGUGAAAGCCAUGCUGAAAGCUGUCACAAAGAGACCAGCCAGUUGUCAUGUGUUUGAAACUCUGCCUAAACACAUGAGGAGACGGGCCAUGAGCCACAACACCAAGCGGCUUCCACGGAGGCUGAGACUCAUGGCUAUGAAACUGCGAGAGAAAAGCCUACAGGGCGGCUCCAAGAAAAAAAAGGAACAGACUAGGAGUAAGAGUCGCAAAGCUCGCCGUCGGCAUGGAAAUCUCUUGUUGGAGUUUAACCGCCGCCAGAGGAAGAACAUUUGGUUGGAAACGCACAUUUGGCACGCCAAGCGAUUUCACAUGGUUAAAAAGUGGGGCUACUGCCUCGGGGACAGACCCACAUACAAAUGUUACCGCCCCUGCUACAGAGCUAUGAGCAGCCACUGCCUGCUGCAGGACCUUUCUUACUACUGCUGCAUAGAGCUACAAGGAGAGGAAGACCGGCUGCUGACGGGUCUGAGUCAGCUGACCAGCAAGGAGGCAGGUCCCACAUUUGCUGCAGCCCUGUGUCUAUCAGGGAGGAGACAGGGCAGUGUGGUGGUCUACAGAGCUGGACAGUACCCCUCCCAGCCCCUGGGCCCCGUUACCUUCCUCUGGAGGCCCCGAACCCAAGGCUCGACCCACAGACAGCUGUGGAUCUGGGCUCAUCCCACCCUCAAACAGGAUCUUCUUGCUGAGUUACGAAGUGUUUGCGAUUGUUCUGAGGCAGUCGUCCCUGUGGUCGUGCCUGAGCCGUCACCUGCAGAGGUCACUCCCACCGUAGACUCGGAGCCAAAGCCUAAAACCACCCCUGGAGCCAAGAGGAAGAGGAGCUCCAAGGACCAGAGCGGACCCCCAGCCAAGAAGAUCCUGGGUGAUGGAACCAGAUCUCCCACCACUCCUGUGACCUGGAAGUCCAGCUCAUCUACAACAGUCAUAAAUGAUCUGACAAUGGAGAUCAUUCGCUACCGUCUGAUUGGACCACAAUCCCACACUGUGAUCACAGAGGCUUUUGAAGCGGCAACAUCUUGUGAUGAAAUGAACAAAUCCCAGCCAUCUUCACUCUGGUGGCCUGAACACUGCAAAGAUGAAAACAAGAUGCAUCUACACCAACAACAAGCUGAUGUAUUUCACUUACUUAAAGGCAUCUUUUCCACCGCAGAGCUCCCCCCAGGCACAAUCCUCGGUCUGACUGUAGACGAUCCCAGACUGACUUUACCAACUAAGAAGGUUAAAGCUUUGCCCUGUGUAAAGCAGGCACAAGAGGUGGAUGAGGAGAAGAGAAGGGAACUGGUACUCAGCGGUGUAUCAGAACACUGCUGUCAGAGCUUCCUGUGGGACCGGUCCGUCCGAGACAACGUCAUCGAUAACAAGAUAUCGGAGCAGGAGUUAAACCGUAUGAGAAGUGAGGUUCUGGUCCCGGGGUCCAGACUCCCUGUCCCCCCACAGGGUCGAGUCCCCGUCCUGCUGGUUCAUCAGCCUGGGAAACAGGUGGGACAUGAGAUGAGCUCCUGGGGGGCUGGAUGGGACCUGCUGCUUCCCAAAGGCUGGGGCAUGGCCUUCUGGGUUCCACUGGUGUACAGAGGAGUCCGCAUCGGUGGGCUGAACAUGAGUCUGAAACACUCUCAGAAUAAAAGCGCUCCUCACUUCCCUCACGAUUACCCAGACUGCCCUGCUGGCGUUCACUUCCAGGAGGAGCAGGAGGCAGAGCUUCUGGACAAGUUCAAAAGGCGUCCGCCCGCCAAAAGGACCAAUUACAUUAAACAUGGAUGUCUGGCUCCGUUCUGUUGCCCGUGGCAACAGCUAGCCGAGGAGUGGGAGCACAUCACGAGGGAGGGAGGCGAGGAGAGAGAGGGGGCUGGUCGGAGUCGAACCACAACAGAGGCUGACACUGUGAUGGAGGGGGAGGUGGCGACCCCUCGUCAGGAUGUCACCAUGACGAUGGCACAGAGAUUCACUGUACUGAGGAACAGAAAGUCUUUGAGGCUGCUCUCUGGUUGGUGCAAACCCACCACAUCCAAAGGUCAAAGGGCGUGUCGUCUCAGGCCGCCACCGCCAUCUCUGGACCUUUCAGCUGUGAAGUCAUUCCUCACUUCACAUAGGAUGACGCUGGUGUGGGUGCGACUAUCACUUCUGUCCGGCGGCAAACCAGAACUCCACGGUAUCGUGUGUGUGCCGACCUCUGAGGAUCUGAAGCAGCUCAAAGCGCCCGGCGCCGUCGGCCCCCAAGAGCCCCCGCAUAAGGAUCACUUCAAAAGCAGAAUAAAGCGAAAGAAGAGCUCAAAGAAAGCCGCUGCACCCUCUCUGCCUUCUGAUAAGACUGUGGAGAAAGAGACAGAGCUCAGUUCUGCUUCUGACCCAAAUAUUCCCAUCACCUCAUCCUCUCCAUUGGACCUGGUUUUGGGGCUGUGGCCUGACCCCCUGCCCAGCGUCGCCUCCCACUGCUCCCGGCUCACCCUGGGCUGGGUCACCCAAGGGGAUUUCUCUCUAUCCGCCGGCUGUGGGGAGGCUCUGGGCUUCGUCAGCGUCCCCGGGCUCCUUAAUACCCUCCAGAACCAGCCGAUGGAGCACAGAGGGACGGUUCUGCUGCGUAAUCCCACCUCCCUUCAGUACCGCUUCGCUAAAAUCAACAUCGAGGUCUGAGCCUAUGCACAAGUUUAGCUAUUGUCAGUAGAAAAAAAAAAAAGUCUAAUCUUUCACCUCAGUAAUACAGUUGUGGAAAAAAUUAUUAGACCGCCCCUUGUUUUCUUCA